AUGAUGGAAAGAAUAAGAAAAGAGAUGAUUCUGAUGGAGAGAGGGCUGCACAGCCCCACGGCCGGCAAGAGGUUCUCCAAUUUGUCCGACUCGGCUGGCAAUGCUGUGCUCGAGGCCCUGGAAAAUUCGCAGCACCCGGCUCGCCUCAGCCCGCGCCUGCCGUCCGCCCCCCUGCACAGCGCUCUGGGAGACCUCCCUGCCAAGGGCAAAUUCGAAAUAGAUACUUUGUUCAACCUGCAGCACCCGGGCAGCGAAAGCACCGUCUCCUCCGAAAUCGCGUCUGCCGCGGAGGGCCGAAAAAAGCCGGGUCAUUAUUCAGAGGCGGCAGCCGAGGCGGACAUGAGCAGCGACGUGGAGGUGGGCUGCUCGGCGCUGCGCUCGCCCGGCGGCCUCGGCGCCGCGCCGCUCAAGGAAAACAAUGGCAAAGGGUUCGCGGAGAGUGGCUCAGCCGCGGGCACCACGACGUCUGCGUCGGGCUCUGGCCUGGGCAGCCUGCAUGGAGGCGGCGGCGGCGGCGCGGGCGGAGCGCUGGUCGGCUCCGGCUCCGGCGCGGAUCAGGUGCGGCGCUACCGCACGGCGUUCACCCGCGAACAGAUCGCGCGCCUGGAGAAGGAGUUCUACCGGGAGAACUAUGUGUCGCGGCCCCGCCGGUGCGAGCUGGCCGCUGCGCUCAACCUUCCCGAAACCACUAUCAAGGUGUGGUUCCAGAACCGGCGCAUGAAGGACAAGCGGCAGCGCCUGGCCAUGUCGUGGCCGCACCCGGCCGACCCCAGCUUCUACACCUACAUGAUGACGCACGCGGCCGCCACCGGAAGCCUGCCCUACCCCUUCCACUCGCACGUGCCGCUGCACUACUACCCGCACGUGGGUGUCACGGCCGCGGCCUCAUCGCCCUUCGCCACUUCCAUCCGCCCGCUGGACACCUUCCGCGCCCUCUCGCAUCCCUACUCGCGGCCGGAGCUGCUGUGCAGCUUCCGCCACCCGGGCCUCUACCAGACGCCCACGCCCGCGGCCGCAGCGGGGCUCAACAGCGCGGCCUCGGCCGCAGCGGCAGCAGCAGCUGCGGCGGCCGCGGCCUCCUCGGCCGCGGCGGCCGGGGCGCCCCCAAGCGGCGGCUCCGCACCCUGCUCGUGCCUCAGUUGCCACAGCAGUCAGUCCGCCGCGGCGGCCGCAGCCGCUGCCGCCGCCGCCCUGGGCUCCCGGGGUGGCGGCGGCGGAGGCGGCGGGGGUGGCAGCGGCGGCGGCGGCGCUGGGGCCGCCGGAGGCUCGGACUUCGGCUGCAGCGCCGCAGCGCCACGCCCCGAGAGCGGCUUCCUGCCCUACUCAGCCGCUGUGCUUAGCAAGACCGCCGUGAGCCCGCCGGACCAGAGGGACGAGGCUCCGCUCACCAGAUAA